CAUGGGGAGCCAGCCCCUCCCUUUGGCUGGCGGGGGAGGUGUUUUGAAAGUUCACAGCAUGUUUGUGCUUGUGUUUGCGCACAGAGAGAGAGAGAGACCGAGACCGAGACCGAGUGGGGCGUGGGUGCUGAGCUAAGUCACUGGCAAAGUUGACUCCGCUCACGACAGGAGCUCGUCGCGUCGCUCCGCCGACCACACCACCUGCGCAACCAUGGAAGAAGAGCCCCCCCGCGCCCAGGCGUCCCACCCCGAGACCAGCAGCCUGACGGGCAGCGCCCACGCCGCGCCGGAGCCCGAAGCCGGGCCCGAGAACGCCGAGCUGCUCAUCCCGAGCGCCGGCGCCUCGCCCGCCCGGUCCUCCCCCACCCAGACGGGCACCCUGGCCCGGCUGGGUUUGAAGGUUGCCGCCGGGCCCUCGGCCGCCGCCGCCGCCGCCGCCCCGGGCAGCCCGGUGGAGCGCGGGCAGGUGAGCGCCAUCACCGUGGUGGCCCUGCUGGACAAGCUGGUGUACAUGAUGGAGGCGGUUCAGGACAACCAGCGGCGCAUGGAGCAGAAGCAGGCCGACCUGGAGGGCGCCGUGCGGCUGGUGCAGGGCGACGUGGGCCGCCUGUCCAAGACGCACGCCGGCACCUCCAACAGCGUCUGCAAGCUGCUGGAGCGCUCGCGCAAGGUCGGCGGCCACCUGAAGGAGGUGCGCGAGCGCUUGGACAAGCAGGCGCUGCAGGUCAAGAAGCUGGAGGCCAACCACAGCCACCUGCUCAAGAGGAACCACUUCAAAGUCCUCAUCUUCCAGGAAGACAAUGAGAUACCUUCCAGCGUGUCGGUCAAAGAUUCCCUCAAGACUCCACAACCAAGCCAGUAUGACGCAGAGUCCACUCAGCCCGACAUGUCCGUCGCCAGCUCCGUCGACGGUCUCCAGACCAUCAGCCUUUCCUCGGAUGAGGACGUCUCCGUUGACAGAGCGGAAGGAGAAGAGCUGGAGUGCGGGGCCUCAGGGGGGAGCUCCUAUAUGUUUGAGCGAAGGUCUGACAAGUUCAAGCGCUCCAGUCUCAAGAAGGUCGACAGCAUCAAGAAGGCGUUCUCGCGCCAGAGCAUCGAGAAGAAAAUGGCACAGAUCACCACCAAGAUCGUGCCGCCGGAAAAGCGCGAAAAGAUCAUCAGGACCCUCAGUCCGACCCACCCCAAGAGCCCUUCCGCUAAAAGCUCCACAUUCAAGGUGUCGCCCAUGACUUUCAACGUCAAGAAAGUGAGAGAUGGCGAGGCUCCUUCGCAAGACCUGGCCUCCGGGGAAGAGGCCCACGCGGAGACGCCGCCACCGGAAUGCUCGGCCGGAGAUAUGCCAUCGGACGAGAACGCCCCACGGAAGAGUCAAUCGAUGGCGAGCCAGUCCGCCGCCGGAGGGGUGAGGCCGGAGCUGACGAUCAACGGAGACCCGCCUAGCGUCCAGUGCGAAACAAACGGCAAUCGUUCCGCCGGUCUCGCCGUCCCCGAGCGCGACGACGACGUCGGCGAGGAUCAAGAUGACGAGGAAGAUGAAGAAGCAGGGGAGGCCCGCAAUCAUGAAGAGAAGCAGCCCCUGACGGCGGCGACAGAAACGGCUGCUGUCAAGCAAAUGUCCUAAUCGCUGCUCCGGCUUUUCCUACGGUCACCGAGUAGGAGUCAAAGGUUUCUCACUAGUAUACAGGAGUAGAGUUCUUCGAUUGUCCAACUGCACUGUCCUCGGUAGACAGGGCAGGGUCAGCCAUUUUGCGGCCUCUUUGGAAGUUUCCCAAAGAGCGCAAAGUAGAGUUGAUGUUAAAAAGGAAAUAGUGAAUUUGUGAAUAGGCGGGGAUUUGAUUUCACAGGAGGAAUAGAAGAAACAAGGAUAUCCGUUUGUCUCGUAACUACUGUACGUCACCAUUGCAAAAUCUUGUCGUUUCUGUUGCGGUAAAAGUGGCUCGGUCUAGGCGUCCACCGGUAGCCCAAGUUUCCGGUGGCGUCCCACUUGGACACCACGCUCACGGAGUUCGGCGAUUGGCCGUUGACUACACACUCAGAUUUACAGAUCAGAAAUAUUGAACAGGUUUACGAUGGCCCCACCUGAGAAAAAGUUAGCCGGAUAAUCCUCAGACGUCCGAUUAUUGGACUUGAGCUGGCAAUCUGCCCGGUUUAUCGGUAAGCUAACGUUCCAAACGUUGCGGUAAUCGAGGCUUCCUGAAAACGGUCCCAUCAGCUGCUGCGCGCAACUUGGACAGCAGCACAUCGCCGAGGCAGUGGUCCAGGUAUGCCCCCCCUCUCGCUGGGCUCAUCUGUCUCUCUACUGAAAAACAGCCUUUUGUUCUGGCCUCUUUUGUUCCCCCAUCUGAAAACGAGUAAAUCUUUGACCACAAAACUGUGGAGGUAGUCUGUUGCCAGGUUAUGCAAGAGCAGGAACGGGGGAGCCGGAGGCUUACGUUUCGAGACUCUCUAUUCUCUUUGGGGGGAAAUAGGUGGCCGAUUCUUACACUACUGGUCGAGAGAGCUAACUGGUCAGGUAUCUCAGCAGUAACUCGCCGCUAAAUAUUGGUUGCGCAUUUGCAACACAGACUAAUGUUGUAAUCACACAUUGACGCUUCGGAAAAUAGAAUGUUGAAAAAAAUAAUAAAACAAAGUCCUGCAGAUAUGUAUUGAAUGAUGACUUGCUCCUGGGCGGAUUUGAACCUUGAGUCGCUCUUUUUUUUUUGGCUUAUCUUUUAAGUGACUGCCUCUCCUGCGGUGACAUGCAACAGCAUAGUCCUGCAAGCGUCUGCAACGUGCACAAGCUGGUAUGAGUAAUUGCACUCCUGAAGGAGUGGAUUCCUGUGAUUUGGGGAGAUAAGACCAAUGGUAAAACAUGACCCCCCCCCGCCCCCCCAGCCCCGCUCUCUUCUUCUCUUCCGCGGGGUUCUUUGACGAACACCGUUUUGCAAACAUUUUGCAUCGUCGAGGUUAAACGCAAAGGCGCUCCUUUUAAAUCUACUUUGCUCCGGUGAAAAUUUCAAAAUAAACUGAUUAUGGUGCGAAAUUACCCAAGUAAAUAUUUAGUUAGCGACCUGCUGUAUUUCUGAAGAUGUGUCUGUUUUUACAUAGCAUCUGGCUAAAUUGUUGACGUGCAGGUGGGUGGGUGUGGGGGGGGGGGGGUUGGGGUUGCAUUUGGCCAAACGUCUGAGGCAUGACAACGUGUAUUUCCAUCAAGUGCUGCUUCUACAAGAGAAAGUACAAUCAAAUCUUUAUGGCUGCUUGCUUUCUGGAGUUUGUGGGCUAUGUUUAAAUUAGCCAGUGGUGGCUUUGGGCGAUGCAUUUACAGUCUGGACAGGGAGAGGUGAGCUUUUUGCUAGGGGUGGGGGGUGGGGGAGCCUCUAAAAGAAGCGAAAUUUGUCUCGAGGCAUUUGAAAAGUGGCUUAGGUGGCAACAUUGAGCAGCGCUCCCUUUGCGGCACUGGCCGACCUUCGCCCCCGGUUGUCAUGGUAAUGAAAUCAUGAAGCAGAACCACCCACCCAGGGCAAAGCAAUUUCAACCGGACCGCGUUCAGGGAUGUUCAAUGUGCUGUAAUUAUAUAUUUUGACCUUCAAAUGUCAGAACUUUUUAUUAGGACACCUGGGUCCUAAAAAGUACAGCUUGUCUCCUUACACCUGCAUUUCUCCGUUUGCUCAUCUGAUAUCGAAUGGGAUCAAAUAAAGUUAGACUUGCAGGCACACACUGUAUUAUUCUCUUUUUCUAUUGAAUAUAAUCCAAGUUCAGCAUGUUAUCUCUUCUUUCCUUCAACUAAUGAUUCAACUAAGAUGUAAAACUUUUCUCUGUGCAAUUGGUGCGGUCCAGUGGUUUGGAUCUUACAUAAAAGUAGGAUAUUCUCUGCUUCUCAUCCUUGAUUUAACUUUGCUGCCGUCGCUUUCGUUUG